CUCCACAUUCCUGGGAUUCCAUAGUUCUGAUGUCAUAAGGGACGGAUCGCACUGUUCUCUUUAAACCUAUACGCGCCCUGUCUUGGGCGAUUUAUUACCAACAUUUACAUAUUGAAAUUACCAGAAACACAGUGAACGAGGCCAAAAACUAGUUUCGGAUUCCUAGGCAAGUUUUUCAAAGUCUGCGCGCGCGUACCUUUUUUGGUACAAAAAAAGUUGGAAAGUUCUUGUGCCCACACAAAAGUAGUCAUUGUGUGCUUUAAAACAAACUGCAAUUUGAGCCUCUUUCUAGCGGAGUAAACGAUUCGAUCUUUGAAAAAGAAGACUCCAUGUAGAGGAUUUAUGCACAGUAUAAGGGAACUUUCUUUGGAUUCUUUUUUUUUUUUUUUUGGAUCUUUGGAUUACAAUUUAGGGACUUAAGCAUAUUGCGAUCUACUUAACCGAAGGAAAAGUACAUACAAACGACAUGUAACCAGUACUGGAAGCCUGUAUCUAUUAAUGUCUUUGGGCAUGGGACAGUCAUUUUCACCUGUAGACUUCUUUGGCUGGGGGACUUACCUUCAAGACCAGGAGAAGACUUUCUAAAGCAAAGAGGCGCGUGUGGCGAGGGUGGUUCUGCUUCCAAGGCCCUUCAGCCAUGCCCUUCCGGAUCAAACUCCGCCGCACCAGGCGCUAUAACGUCUUGAGCAAGAACUGCUUUGUGACCCGCAUCCGCCUACUGGACAGCAAUGUCAUAGAGUGCACACUGUCAGUGGAGAGCACCGGCCAGGAGUGUCUGGAGGCGGUCGCUCAGAGACUCGAGCUGCGGGAGACACACUAUUUUGGCCUGUGGUUCCACAGUAAAACGCAGCUCCAGCGAUGGGUGGAGUUGGAGAAAGCCUUGAAAAAGCAGCUGGACAAAUUUGGCAAUGAGCCUCUUCUGUUCUUUGGUGUAAUGUUCUACGUGCCAAAUGUUUCUAGACUUGAACAAGAGGUCACACGGUAUCAGUAUUACCUUCAAGUUAAAAAGGAGAUACUUGAUGGACGACUGUCAUUUUCAGUAGAACAGGGGAUCAGGCUAGCUGGCUUAGCUGUACAAGCUGAUUUUGGAGACUAUAAUCAGUUUGAGUCCCAGGAUUUCCUCAGGGAAUAUGUACUGUUUCCAGUGAAAUGGACUCAAGAUGAAGAAGUAUUAGAAGACCUGACUCAGAAAGUAGCUCAGGAACACAAGAGCCACUGUGGAAUGCCACCAGCAGAGGCUGAGCUACUCUAUAUUAAAGAAGUGGAACAGCUGGAAGGCUUUGGACAAGAAAGUUUUUCUGCAAAGGAUAACCUUGCAAAUGAUAUUGACCUUGCCGUUUCCUUCAUGGGAGUGUUUGUCAAGCACAGGAAUGGCAGAUCAACCAGCACAUAUCGAUGGAGUGACCUUGGUAAUAUCACACACAACAAGUCAGCAAUUUCCAUAGAGUUAACAAACAAAGAAGAGACUACCCCAUUCCACACAGAUGACAUGGAAAUGGCCAAAUACAUUUCAAGACUGUUCACUGCACGACACAAAUUUUAUAAACAGAAUAAAAUUUGCACAGAACAGUCAAAUUCCCCUGCACCAAUCAGGAGACAGCAACUUUGGAACAGGUCCUCAUUGCCAAGACCAUUUAUCCUGCCACCUAUGCACACUCAGUAUGGAGAGCAUUACCAGGAAACUCGCACCUCACAAGACAGCAUUUUCCUUGAUGAAAGGUCCUACUACAGGUCCCAGACUAGCUUGGAAGGGUGCCCAGUCGACUACUACACAGUCCCAAAUGGCAGUGUGUACAGUGCACCCAGUAUGAACUCGCUCAACCAUUCCCAGAGCUUCAUCCAGGCUUCUCCAAUGUCCUCCAACCUCAGCAUUCCUGGCUGUGACAUCAUGAGACCAGACUACAUUCCUAGCCAUAGACACAGUGCCAUCAUUGUUCCCUCUUACCGACCUACCCCAGAUUAUGAGACCGUUGUACGCCAUCAAAGGGGUAUCCACAUAGACUGCCAGAGCCAGUCACUUAGGAACCUCAACAUCAGGAACUCCUACGCCUACGGCCAGCCUGAGGGCAUAGUGUACAGUCAGCCUGAAAUACGAGAGAGGGCCCAUUAUCCAUAUCCCUAUGGGCCUCCAGUUGACUACAACAAGCCUGUGGUCCCCUCUGCUCAGAUGAACCCCAACAGCUCUGCACAAAGCCAUGCGGCAGCAAGUGCCAUUUCCCACACAGUCAGCACCCCAGAGCUAGCCAACAUGCAGCAACAAGGCACUCAAGGCUAUAAUGCGGCCCACAUGCUGAGGAACCAUUUCUCUAGGCCACCACCCCCAUAUCCACGUUUCCGGCCUGCCACUAGCACGCCAGACCUAGCCAGCCACCGGCACAAGCCCGUCAGUGGCAGCAGCCCCGAGCCAGUAACGCGCAAGGUACAGUUGUCGGUGAAGACCUUCCAACAAGGUAGUUCCCCAGUGAUUCACCAGCCCCAACAGGAAGUCAGUGAACCACUCACAACUGUCAAGCACCAUUCAUUGGUCAACAAGCGCCACAGCCUGGAAGUGAUGAGCUGCAUGGUCCGUGGUAUGGAGGCUGUGACUUUGAAGACAUUGAACGCACCUCUGCCUCGCAGGAACACGCUGAGAGAGCAGGUCCAACCUGAAGAACCGGUUCAAAAGGUCCAAGAGGUUAAGCAGCCUCCACAGUACCAGCACAAGAAGACCUUGUCCAAUGCUACAAUGCUGAUUCAUAGCAGUGACAGUGAAGAAGAAGAGGAGACCCCAGACUAUGAUGUGCAGAUACCAGGGUUAAAUGAAGACAUCAGUGCUCAGCUGCAAGCAGCUUUGGCUAAAAUCCCCAACAAACCUCCACCGGAGUACCCAGGGCCAAGAAAAACGGUCAGCAGUGGAACUCUCAGGCAAGACCAGUUGAAUCAGGUCUCAGAGGAAGACACCGGGGCCAGGAUGAUGAGGGCUGGGCAGUGUCAGGUCAGCAGCCUCUCUCGCACCGAGCAGGUGACACUAAACGGUCCUUCACUCGGACCAUCUAUUUCGGAGCCUGACCUGACCAGCGUGAAAGAACGUGUUAAGAAGGAACCAGUUAAGGAGAGACCUGUUUCUGAACUGUUCUCUAUAGAAGACAGCAUUGUGGAGAGGGAAAUAAUGCAAAGGAAUUUAGAGAAGCAGAAGAUGGACUCUCUUAAGAGGCCGUUGAUGAUGGCGGCGCUAAAUGGUCUUUGUGUAGCAAGGUUGUCGGUUCCUGAGGACAACCAGGAGGACACUUCCAAAGUGACGACAGAUGAAAGGUGUAAAAUCCUGGAAAGGAAGCUCGAAGAGGAAAUGGUGUUCACAGAGUAUGAGCAGAUCCCAAAGAAGAAAGCUGAUGGCAUUUUCACCACGGCAGUGAUGGCAGACAACGCAGAGCGAAACCGCUUCCGGGACAUCGUUCCCUAUGAGGAAAACCGUGUUGAGCUUGUGCCAACCAAAGAAAACAACACCGGCUACAUCAAUGCCUCCCAUAUCAAGGUGAACAUUCGCAGCGAGGAGUGGCACUACAUUGCCACACAGGGGCCCCUGCCAAACACAUGCCAGGAUUUCUGGCAGAUGGUCUGGGAGCAGGGAGUGAAUGUCAUAGCCAUGGUUACAGCUGAAGAGGAGGGUGGAAGGCCAAAGAGCCAUAGGUACUGGCCUAAACUAGGCUCCAAGCACAACUCGGCAACCCACGGCAAGUUCAAAGUGACAACCAAGUUCCGCAGAGAUUCUGGUUGCUAUGCAACUACAGGUUUAAAGGUCAAGCAUCUUUUGUCUGGGCAGGAGAGGACUGUGUGGCACUUGCAGUACACUGAUUGGCCUGAUCAUGGUUGCCCUGAAGAAGUCGCAGGAUUUUUAUCCUAUCUGGAGGAGAUUCAGUCUGUGCGUCGUCACACCAACAGCAUGCUCGACCCCUCAAAGAGCAACAAUCCUCCCAUUGUAGUGCACUGCAGUGCUGGGGUGGGCAGGACUGGAGUGGUCAUCCUUACAGAACUGAUGAUCGGCUGUUUGGAACACAAUGAGAAAGUGGAUGUCCCCAUGAUGCUGUGGUACCUCAGGCAGAAACGCAUUUUACUGGUCCAGACUAUCGCCCAGUAUAAAUUUGUCUACCAGGUUCUCAUUCAGUUCCUCAAAAACUCCAGGCUAAUAUAGACUUGGGAUCACUCUGUCUGACAUUUGACUGCUAUUGUACUUUAGUCCUAAUUACUUCAAACCUAAUUAAUAGCACAUUGUUACAUAUAAUCUGUCUGAACAUCAAUAUAUUAUUUGAUGUUCUGACAUUAAGAAAAUAUGCUACUUUCUUUGUAGCAGGCUUACUAAUGUCAUUCAUAAUUUGCAUACUUUUAAACCUUCUGAAUAACACUUAUUAGUAUAGUAAACUGAAGUAUUGUGCUCUCAGUCUUUUCUAGUGUAAUAUGUUAAUGUGAAAGCUUUUUAUACUGGAUUAAAAAUACAUCGCAAAGUACUUCAUAUAUCAAUCAAGCCAUUUUGUCAAAUAAAGUUUAUACUGUUAUUUUCAGGCAAUCAUGUAAAAGUAAUAGGUAUUCCUGUUACAGACCUCAUUUCCAUUUUUUUAAGACACCUUAGGGCCAAAUUCAGUUAACUUUGAGAUUUUUUUUUUUAGCAAAAUAGAAAUAUAUGCAAUGUCAGUGAGGAUGCAUGCAAUACAACAAAAACAAUAAAUUAACACAUUAUUUAGAAAAAAAUGUAAAAGAUUAUCUAUAUAUUAUAUUGCAUCCUAAGCCUUGUAAACCAGCAUAGCCAAUAAAAGGGGGCAGGUUCAGUUGACAACUAUAGCAAAAACAACUGUCUCCAGUCUUUUGGUCUUAACAUUUAAUUUGACAAAAUAAUACAAAAAUGUGCACUUUAUGUUUGCAGAGUAUCCUUUAUGCAUGUCACUACUGUCCUUGUGCUAAAAAAAAAAAUAAUAAUUGAAACAAUGAUACAGGUCUUGCAUUUCCCAAUGUCACCUUUAACCUCUCUAUUUGAAUUUACGAUAAUCACUAAAGAUAUUUGACUAGUUUUUACUAGCAUUUGAUAUUCACCAUUCAGGUAUUGUUGCCGUCUGUGUUAGCUAUAAUGCUGUUGCCAUUAAAUAGUAAUAGAGACUUUGAUCAGUGGCAUUAAAAUAAAACAUUUGAACAAAAAUGGAAAAGCAGACAUUAAUGAUGCAGAAACAUACAUGUAUUUACUGAUUCACAAUUGAUUUUUUAAGUGAAACUAAGGAAGAGAACAUCACAAAAAACUACAGGACGCAUUAAAUUGGGUGUAAAUAACUGUAAUUGGGAGGAAAUGCCAUGUACCUGGUAUCUGCAGUUCAGAUGUACUCUGACUACAUUUUAAUGAAAUGUAAAAUCUUUACUCUGACAAUUUUAUUUGUAAUUCAAAUUUUACACUAUGCAUUCCUACAUUUUGUCUGACUUAACUGCUUUUGUGUGUUCUUACUCAUUGUUGUUUUUUAAAUACAGACAAUUGUAUUUUAUUACUUUGUAGUAAAUGUAAAUAACCGAUCAAAACUGCCAUAUCAAUGCAGUACAACGUUGGAACCAAGAAUACAUUGUCUACAUUGAUUAUUUCUAUUUCUAAAUAGAACUAUUACCCAUACUUCAUGUCUUAUUAGCAUCCAAUGGAUCACAAUGAUGCAGUUUUAUUCAAUUUUUUAUGUUUUCGUUUUAUUUAUUUGAGCUACGCAUGGCUCUAGAGAUAGGGCAGGGAGCCUGAGUUCAUUUUAAUGAAUCAAUUAACCAGUCUCUGAACACAAAGUUCCCUUGUUUUAGAUGGCCUCUGGACCAAAACUAAGUCACACAAACACAUAACCAGCCUUCUGGCAUUGUUCUGUCUCCUGAAUUAUGAUAUGAAAAAAGGAGGGGAGGCAAAACCUAAUGCAAUAGCCUUCACUACAUAUACAUUAAGUUUGUUGUGUGGUCACAAUGCUGUCUAAUUAUUAUUAUUAUUAUUAUUAUUAUUAUUAUUAUUAUUAUUAUUAUUAUUAUUAUUAUUGACAUUUUUAAAAGGCAGAGAAUAAGAGCCUAUCAUCUGAACACUAGCCUAAAAGAGACUAAUAAAAAAAAAAAAUUCUGUCUAUCUUUAAUGUAUGUGAUAUCAAGAGGAUUAUGUGUGAUAUGGUCAGAAUGAGUUGUUAUGAACUUUGUUUUAAUAUUAUAAAAUCUUUAAACUAUGCAUACUGUUUUUAUACUCUAAUGUAUAGCUACUUGAUUCGAUAUGUAAGCUCAUGAUUGCCUGCUAUAUAAGUGAGAUUUUUUACAGUAUUUUUUGCACUGUAUCCAGAUGCAUUUCUCUUCUAUUUUUAUUUUUGUUUAAAUAUUAUGACUCAUGCCUUCUCACAGGUAUAACAUACUGUAACGUAUGAAUUCACAAUGUUAUUCAAAUUUUGUAAAUCGUUUUUUGUAUAUGUUUUUACUUUAGUUUCCUUGUUUUCAUUGUUGUAACAAGUCUUUUUGUAAAAUACCUCUAUCAUUCUUAUUCACAAUAUGCAAUAAAACAUUACACUGUU